ACUUUGCUCAUUGCACGCAAAGCCGUCGCAUUCCGCGUAAAAUGAGAACGAGAACACUGCGCGUUUAGACGCUUGCGUGCACGACGUGAACACUGUCUAAAUGUGGCGUUAAAGAUAAACCAUGUUUCUUUUGUCAGGGGUGCAUCCCUGCAUUUCCUGUUUGGGGCUUCAUCUGCUCGGUGUGUAUGCUAGCGAUAGCGGCUAAGGGCUUGGAAAGUGCACGCGAUUUGUUUAAUCGUUUUUGUGCAACGUACAACCCCCGGGUAGCGUCGGGAGCCCGUUUAAAGAGCGCGAGGGCAGCUGUGGAUGUUCGCGCGAGCUCCUGUAAAACUUCGGCCUCGCGACUUCUUUGUGCUAUUGUUGAUGCCCGCUGCUGGGCCACGAUGCCGCUUAUAAGUGUUUUAUUCACGGGAAACGCGCACGGUCCGUAUUUGAAGCGCGAGCAAUGUUUAAAUCGCUCCCCCAAUAAAAGACCUUUCGAGUGAUUAUGUUUGAUAAAACGAGGCAGGCGAGGUUUGGUGGCGCUCCUUUGUUAUUGCUUUGUCUGUGUGGGAGCACAUGGCCCUCCACGCUUUUGUUGUUGAAGUUACAGCUCCCCCUCUUUGUGGCAAAUCAGCCCAGUCUUUCCAUUAAACACGGUUUACGCUUCCAGUUUGCGAAGAUUUGUUAGUAAUCGUUCUGUCGUUUUACACAUGGCACUGUAGCCUACGUUUAAAUGUCACGUAGCGCGAUGAGAAGUUUUGACGUGCUCGGGCGAAUUAAUACACACUCCACUGAUUUUGAAUUUAAAAUCAGCAUAAAUGCAUAUAUUGUUAUUGGCUCUGGGGCUUCUCGGUGUUUGUGUGUCUGAAAAGUUUGGUUUUGUGUAUUUUUAAGCUCCCCCAGUCUGCUUGCGAUACAUAGAUCGUGCUUAACGAGAUAACAUAACAAUACAUGCAUUAUUACACCGCAGCAUGUUGAGGCGAUUAUUAAUGUAUAUGAAUUUUCCAUUGAAAGCAGCGCUGGUCUUUUCACGUUUAAGCAUUCGUGGUCAUUUUUAAGCAAUAAUUCAACAGAAAUGUGGUGUUCGCUGGUGUGUUGUUAAUUUUUAGUUGUCUACAAAAGGACAAAAACAAGCAUUUUUUUUUCCUCUCUAAGUUUCUCAUAGGACAUGUAUAGAGACCCCACCUGAAAAGCCCCAGAAAGCGCACUGGAGGAAAAACAAACUGAAAGUCAUUUUCAUUAAAGCAAACACGAUUUGACACGCUUUUGCUUGUGAUACUAGAAGGACUAGAACAAAAGAGUUCCGACAAUCUGAGGCUGUUAGACACAAGUGCCUCUUGCACUACUGGUCCCCCCCACCCCAGGCAGGUGUGACUCGUUCGUACGACGUCACAAAUGCGACCAUGGGAAGUAGCAGUGAGUAGGCGGCCAUCAACAGCCCCCUUAAACCAGAGGAGGGUCGUCGGGGAGCCUUGCAUCACCCCUCUGCACCUCAGGAGAAGUCCUCCAGUACGACGUCAGUGGGGACAGCGAGAUAGACCUGCUGGGCACACUUCCCUACAUCAGGAUGAGAACUUCCACCACCCUGUCUUCUCCCAGCAUCAGCAGAUUCCUUUAGAUGAGUCCAGGCAAUAUAGCCACACCAGUGCACCUCCACGCAUGCUGCAUACUGCCACACAACCACCCCAACAGAGCUCCAUCAUGGUGGAUCUUCACGAACAGAUGCAUCAAGGAUCAGUUCCGAUAUCUUACACAGUUACCACGGUGACGACCCAUGGUUUUCCCAUCCACACCGGGCAACCUAUCCCAGCCUGCAAUGCUCAGCAGCUCCCAGCAUGCUCGGUAAUGUUCAGCGGACAGCUCUCUCUGCUCUGCUGCCUUCCUCCUCCACUCAUUCAGGCCUGCACCAUGCAGCACCUGCCUGUGUCCUAUCAGGCAUUUCCACCAUUGAUCUCCAGUGAGCAUUUUAUCCUGCACCCCAGUCCACCAGUGCCGCCCCACCAGCCUCCUCAUCUGCCUCCACUCAACCAGUUUGUCCCCAUACAGCCCCAGCACCCGCGCAUGCCUCUGCAGAGGGUGGAGAAUGAAGUGGAUCUGCGAGGAGACCAGCAUCCGUUAGGAACAUUCUCUUAUCCUCCAGCCCACCAUCCACCAGCAAUGACCCCCUCCGUCCCCCUCCAGUACCUCCCCCAGGAGCCCCUCCACCAAGAGCUACCCUACGGAGUGCCAUAUCCGCACAUGCUGCCGAGGCGUAUAACUGGACAGAGGUACCGAUUACAGCAGCCUCUGCCCCCACCCCCUCCACCGCCCUAUUACCCCGGCUUCUUACCAUACUUCCUCUCGAUGCUUCCUGUGCCUCCAACUGCUGUGGGUCCUGCUAUCAGUCUGGACUUGGAUGUAGAUGAUGUGGAGAUGGAGAACUAUGAGGCGUUAUUAAACCUUGCUGAGAGACUCGGAGAAGCGAAACCUAGAGGACUAACGAAAGCUGAUAUAGAGCAACUUCCGUCCUACAGGUUUAAUUUAGAAAACCACCAAUCUGAACAGACUCUGUGCGUUGUAUGCUUUAGUGAUUUUGAGUCAAGGCAGCUACUUCGAGUAUUACCCUGCAACCACGAAUUUCAUGCAAAAUGUGUGGAUAAGUGGUUAAAGACCAAUCGCACCUGUCCAAUCUGUCGAGCCGACGCGUCUGAAGUUCACCGCGAUGUGGAAUGAGUUCAGGUUUUUGUCCUUCACUGGAAAACAGCACAAAUCCUUGAGUGUGUUCUGUGAGUGGGGACACCUGAUCUCCAGCCAAACGCAAACCUACCCCCCCCCAACCCGCUCCCAACCCCACCUCUACAAUAAGCAAUCUCGGAAUUUGUACGGAACCUGUUUGACCUCUGCUGUGCGUCAUUGUGUGCGUUUCAUGAAAGCUACUGCCGCCUAUAGCCACUUUGGAGUUCUGGAAUUGUGACCGGGGUUUUUUUUUUUUUUUUUUUUUUUUUUUUUUGUUAGUUUUUUUGUUGUUGUUGGGUUCUUUUCAUCUUUUCUUUUCAUUACACUGCCCUUGUUUCGCAGAUUCCAAAGAUAACCUGUAAUACGUGUUGUGUUGGCAUAUUCGUUUACACAGUUGAAUAUUCUCUAGUUGUUUGAUCACAGAUAAUUAAAUUUGUGCUUUAGCGUCGUUAGGGACUGCGGGAGUGGGCCUGGAUGAUGGUGGUUUUUGGCUUUACUGUGCAAUCAGACGAAUUCGUAGGACGCGGCUGCUCCGCCGGUGAACGACCAUCAUAGAUGCAUGUCUGUAUAAGUGACGGGCUGAGGGACUUGUUAAUAAUCUAUGUUUUGCAAUAAUGUAUUGAUCAUUUGAUUAUCUUAAUCCCGAUUCUCUUUUAUCUGCGAAUGCUGUUGUGAAGGUGUGACUUUCAGUGGUUCAGAGUUCCAAGGUUUGAGGUUUAAGAGGGAAACGUAGACAAAAAUAAAAAGGACUGCCAAACGACAGCCGUGAAUCCAGCGGGGAAAACUCCAGCUGGGCUUUCACCACAGACACUGAGGAAGCUGUGGCGUUUUUUUCGCUUUUGCUGAUUGCUGGCGAGGCCAAUCGGACUGGCCAAUGAGAACACAGGGACGAGGACAGCACACUGCCUCUGCCAGCUCCCACCUGGCUGCACUGCACAACCCCCAUCGAUUCUGGACUGGCCCUCUUCAUCUCGCUCCCCUCACACUCAGCUAGAUCCAGGAGAACAUCUCACGGGCCUCACGCGGACUGUUCUUUUAGACUAGCAAUAUUUGAAUUAACGAGAUCCACCGCAUUUCAGCCACAAGAGGAACGUCGGACGGCCUCCGUCUCGCCAUUCUCCCGUCCGGAGGCCAAGGAGCUCGCAUUUGCCUGUCCAGAAUGACUUUUUGGGAACGGGUGGAACACUUUGCGGAAAGCAAUACGUGCAAUGAGUGUGUGACGUGAACGCAACGUUUGACCUGAUUUUGGAGGACUAGGCUUUUUGUUUUUCCUCAUUCGUGAGCCAAAUAAUCAAUAUACUCUACAAGAUUUUAGCUCUGCCUUCUCAAGACCUUGACAAGCACAAACCUGUUACUAAUCUUCAGAUAUCCUUUGUCAGUUCCUCUUUUUAAAGUAUGCGUUUUUUUUUUUUUUUUUUUUUUUUUUGAGUGGUGUUAUUUAUUUCUUCUUCCGCGAGAGUUUUUGAAGGAUUCGGUCGGAAUACUAAAACGUCUUUAGCGAGUUUUAGUUCGCCUCCCGUUGUCAGGUCUCAGGCCAUGUUCACAGUGUAAAGUGACGUGAAAGAAAAAAAAAACAUUGUAUGCAUAGCCUUGGUGUGAAAGGUUGCAAAUUAUCGUCUUGUUUUUAAGACAAAAGAAUGUUGAAACCCUCUGUAUUUCUAGUUACGCCCUCUCCUGUGUGCCAGUUGACUGUAGUCGUUCCACGAAGAUCCCAGAUAGGAUUCGAAACGGCAGAGAUGGAGCGUUAGGGUCGUUUAAAGAAAAAAGAAAAAUGCACUGUAAAACGCUUAACUCGUGGUUCACUCGAUUCCAAAAACCAACCUGAACGUUGUUCGGGGGAAAACUAUGAACUAUUUGGGUUUUUGUUUUUUUGGUUCCCUAAGUACUUUAAUUAUAGGACUUUUAAAUAUAUAUAUUCAUGAGUCGUUUGUCCACUGAAUAGUCAUUGUAACUCAAUAGACACACUGGCUUUCUCGGGUAAAGGGACUCUCUUAAGAGAAUGUGAGUAUCUUGUGUUUGCGUGCCAGGUUUUAAAAAAAGCCAUUGUAAUGAAUUUAAUCCACACUUUUGAUAAGUAAUCUAUGUAUACAUAUCUGUUCACUGGCAUAUAUUUUGAGUAUAACGGAAAAAAAAAUCACUCAGGGCCUCUCUGUAAUUGAAAAAUAAAGGAAAACAGUCCAUUUCAAAUGGGAUUGACGCCAUGGAGAUAUAUUUGGGUAUUCUGGGUUGUUUUCCUCAGGCCAUGCAUAUUUUAAAUGUAAUCAACUGAACUAAUAUUCCUUUUAUAAAUAGUGGUGAAUAUUAUUCCAUUAUAAGACUGGCAUGCAAAGAAAAAAAAAAAAGAUGAAGUGACUUGUUGUAUCGAGUGAGAAUAGGCUUUUCGUCACUGCAGCCGAUCAUUAGCGUAUGUUACUCGAACCUGUUUUCCAGCCGUUUCGUUUUUCCGUGUUCUUGUACUUGAACCACACAUAAAGGUUGUAAUCCCGUUGAAAACGUGCCACGGUGCACACUGUCCUACCUAGACCACUUCCAAGACUAUUCUUACAGUGUUUGCAUGAUUUAAGGUUAAAAAAAAAAGAGAAAAAAAGUCAAAAAAUGAAAUCUGUAUUUUCAGUGAAAGAUAUCUAGACAGGGGUGGGCAAGUAUAUAAUUGUGCACAAUAUGCAUGCAUGUCUAACCAGAGUCCCAACUGGUUUUUAGGUAGAUCUAGUUGGCUUUGGGUUCUGGGUGUAGGGGACUUUCUGCUCAGCUGAUAACUGCCAUGCACUGUACUGCACACAUUUGUAAUAGAACCGAAUGACUACAAGAUUUUAUUGUGCUUGUACUUGCAAAAGAAAAUUAAUAGGAAAAAAAAAAAAUUAAGACUAAUAAUAUAGGACGUUUUAAGCUUGACGCCAGUUGGAAGACAGUGGCUUUUUGAAGUGGGAAACACGUGAUUUGAUAGGCUCCUCACCACAUUUGUGCUUCUAUCGUUGCCUCAGUUACUGACACACUUGCCUGGAAUCUAGAUAAUGGAAAGCCAUAUAGUAAAAAGGUGCUAGAUAUUCUAUAUUUAGGUGUAAUGCUACAUUCACAUAAGAGAAUGCAAUAGUUUGUUAUGGGUCUCUAUUCAUACAGCAUGCAGUGCUACUAGUACCCUCACGGUGGUCAGAAACAGUUAAUAACAUUAUCAACAGGGGUUUCAAUGAAGAAAACAAACAGAAAAAAGAAAACUAUUUAGCUUUACUCGUAUGUGCUGGUAGACCGUUUUAAAGGAUAAUAUUAUUUUACUGCCCGAGUGAUCAGAUUCAAUACAUCUGCCUUAAAUCGAAGUAGUUGGAGGUGUUGUGUGGGUUAAAAAACACAGCGUUAUCACUCAUUCACCAAAACGGUCAGAAAUAUAUGUACCUGUUGUACGGUUCUCUCUACCUUGAGCAUCUGUAACUGUUAUGGUUUAAAAAUAAGUUGUUGAUAUAUACACGCAAGCACUUUUGCUUGGGGUAACCGGCUGUGGGCUAUUUCUAAUAUAUCCUUAUUUAGAUUUAUAAAAGGAAUUUUUCAUAAUAACCAAGAUUCCUUGAAAACCUCAGUGUUACCUGUAUUGAAUUACUAAAAAGAAAGAAAAAAAAAACAACAACCUAUGAGUUAUGAUGAUAAAUAGAAUCUUGUAGUCUUUCUGUGAUUCAACUAAUAAAUAAUCUCACAGCUUGUGUGGUGGAAAAUUGUGUUCCAAUAAGCAGCUAAAUACUUUAGGAUUUGUGAUUUGUUGAUUGCUCCAUAGACGCCACUGAUUGUUUACCAAUGAUUUCUUGCUGUGGUGGGAUAGUGGAUUGUUUACUGUUCUAUUCUCCUCCUGGCCUUUAGGGGUCAGUCAUUGCCUGAACUCCAGACUACCCAGCCAACAACAGGGCCAGGGGCAUGUGUUCUGUAUUAGGAAGAUAUUUUGCUUUGGUACUUGCACAUUUACAGUUACCUCAUUUUUGCCAUGUUUGUAUUUGAAGAAAAAAAAAAAAAACAACAAUAAAAAAAAUAAAAAAAGAAAUAAAAAAAGCUAAUAUAUAUAUUAUAUAUAGGAAAUGGUUCUUAAUGCUAUAAUUUUUUCAUUCCAUUGGAAUCAUUGUUUGUAGCAUUUAACAUAUAACUAGUUAUAGUGUAUUAUAAAUACAUCUGUAUACUGAUUGAAAUUUUUAAGAUUUGUACUUUUUUUAAAUGAAAGUUGCUAGUUCUGCUUUACUGAGUAGUGCAAUCAUAUUUUUUUUAAUUGUGGCUGAUUGGAGAGGGUUGUUCACUAAUAAAUGUGUGAUGUAUACUCAUACUA